GAACCAUACGGGGUGGUGCUCGUCCUCGCGCCCUGGAACUACCCCAUCCACCUCCUCCUGGUGCCCCUCAUCGGGGCCAUCGCUGCCGGUAACUGUGUCAUCGUCAAACCCUCGGAGAUGACCAAACACACCGAGACACUCGUGGCUGAGGUGCUGCCUAACUACCUGGACAAUGACUGCUUUGCCGUGGUGACCGCGGGCGUGGAGGAGACCACCAAGCUGCUGGAGAACAAGUUCGACUACAUCUUCUUCACCGGAUCUGGUGGAGGAUCCACCACCAACGCGUCUGAGGAUCUGGUGGCCACCCGUGGGUUUUCUGAGGGAUGCCGUGGAGGACUCAACGUGGCUUCCCCGAAGGAGCGGUACAUUGCCCCCACGGUGCUGGUGGACUUGCAGCCCUCUGACCCCAUCAUGCAGGAGGAGAUCUUCGGCCCCGUCCUGGGCAUCGUCACCGUGGCCAACGUGGAGGAAGCCAUCGAGUUCAUCAACGCGCGCGAGCGGCCGCUGGUUGUGUAUGCCUUCUCCUCCGACGACAAGGUGGUGAACCAGGUCCUGGAGCGGACGAGCAGCGGUGGCUUCUGCGGCAACGACACCCUGAUGCACGUGACACUGACCUCGCUGCCCUUCGGUGGCAUCG